AGCCAUUUCUAUGUACCGGCGCUGUGUUCUACAGUUGCAUGUGCGAAGAGCUCGCACUCUGUUGAGAUGCGUCGAACAUCGUUGUCUGUGAUAGACUAAGCCUAUUUGAGCAUCAUGCCAGUUAAAAGGGGUCUUGUAGCGCCUCAAAACACUUUCAUUCAGACUAUUAUCAAGAAGUUCGAUGGAUCGCCUGACCGAAACUUUGUGUUGGGUAAUGCCCAAGCGGAUGGAUUGCCUAUUAUUUACUGCAAUGAAGGAUUUUGUGAGCUUACCGGAUAUAGCAGAGCAGAGUUAGUACAAAGGAAUUGUAGUUGUGACUUUCUGUGUGGUCAAGGAACAAACGAAGUGGCCAAACAAGACGUAAAGAAUGCUCUCAAAGGCACGGUAGAAAGGCAUAUAGAGAUCCUUUACUACAGGAAAGACGGAAGCCCAUUCUUGUGCUCUGUCCUUGUGGCCCCGGUGAAGGAUGAGGCUGGCAGAGUGAGCAUGUACAUUGUCAAUCAUGAGGAUGUCACAUGGUCACCCAACAGAGACGACGUCAUUAACCACACUACGUGUUUCAAUUUCACCAAACCAUCUCGCCAUGUUGUGUCAUUCAAACGGCGAAAUGUUGAAAAAGAUGAGCGAGAGUCACUGGAAAGUGGGUCAGGGCACUACAAGAAAGUUGAGCGGCCCAACUCUCUUCCAACAUCCAGCGCCAACAGUACUGUCCAAUCCCCAGAGUUCAUCCCCUUGAUGAGCAUCCACCCCCCUACGCCGCCGGAGUGUUCAGAAGAACCAGACACACGGUCCUUAUUGCCAGACCGGCGAGUAUCCAGUUCACUGAACAACCUCCACUGCGACAGUCCUGGAAUGCAGCGAGCAGAGUUAUUCAUGAAUGACUCCACCCGACUGCCUCCACAUUCGUUAGCCGCAGCCUUCCGUCCUGAUGCAGACAACCUUUUCCUGCCAAUAAAACCAAAAAUUGCGUCUGCCGCUUCUGAUACAACACUCUGGAAGACAAGGAGUCAGCACUCCUCUGACCAAAACAUGGACAUGUACAACUCUAUGAUGAAGCUUUCACCGAACCUUCAGCCUGUAAUACAACAAGGAAAGAGAGAGAAAGUUGCCCAGGUUAUGUCUUUAGGAGCGGAUGUACUACCUGAAUAUAAGCUGCAAGCUCCUAACAUCCAUCCCUGGACUAUUUUACAUUACUCAGUAUUCAAAGCAUUUUGGGACUGGCUCAUUCUCUUCCUCGUCAUUUACACGGCCAUCGUCACUCCUUAUAUGGCGUCCUUUAUCCUCACACGUGACAAAAUGCGGGACGAACUGAAUAAAGACCCCGAAACUCGGCGGGAUUAUGGUAGCGGAGCGCGCGAGGUGUAUAGUGAUCCUCUAGUUAUUCUAGAUUAUCUUGUGGACGUAAUGUUUAUUGUGGACAUCUUUAUUAAUUUCCGGACCACAUUUGUGGACAGUAACGAUGAGGUGGUGUCGCACCCUUGCAGGAUCGCGGUUCAUUAUUUUAAGACUUGGUUUGUGAUCGACCUGAUGGCCGCUAUCCCAUUUGAGCUUCUAAUCAUGGCUGGCAAUACUGAUGAGACCACGACGCUGAUUGGUUUACUGAAGACAGCCCGCCUACUUCGCCUUGUGCGGGUUGCGCGUAAGCUAGAUCAUUACUCGGAGUAUGGCAUGGCAGUGCUUUGUCUCCUCAUGUGUUCAUUUGCGCUCUUGGCUCAUUGGUUAGCCUGUAUCUGGUACGCAAUAGGCAAUCUGGAGCGACAGCGAACCAAUAGCACCCAUGGGUGGCUAGACGUCUUAGCAGAGCAAAUUCACCGGCCCUUUGAUGAGAAGGAGGUUGAUAGCGGUCCCGAUAUAGAGUCCAAGUACAUCACAGCACUGUACUUCACGUUAAGCAGCCUGACAAGCGUAGGCUUUGGGAACGUCUCUCCCAACACCAACGCAGAAAAGAUCUUCUCCAUUUGCGUCAUGCUUAUCGGGUCUCUGUUCUAUGCCGCGAUUUUCGGGAACGUUGCGGCUAUCAUCGCCCGACUCUACUCGAACACAGCUCGAUACCAUGCGCAGAUGCAGAGAGUGCGUGAAUUUAUCCGCUUCCACCAGAUCCCUAACCCUCUGAGACAGCGCAUCGAAGACUACUCACACCAUAUAUGGUCUUAUACCAACGGCAUCGACAUGGACCAGGUAUUAGGGGGGUUUCCGGAGUGUCUUCAAGCAGAUAUCUGUCUGCACUUGAAUGCCAAUGUACUGACCACAUAUCGAGCAUUCACCUCUGCGAGUCAAGGCUGCCUCCGCUCCCUGGCGCUCAAACUGCGAACUACACACCUCCCCCCUGGGGACUUUAUCAUCUACCAAGGUGACGAGAUCAGUCACCUCUACUUUCUCGUGAGAGGGACUGUUGAGGUGCUCAAAGAUGACACCAUCAUGGCAAUACUAGGAAAGGGGGAUAGCUUCGGCGAAAACUUCGGCCUUUCGCCAAACCGCCCUCCUGGGAACUCACACGUCAGCAUCCGGGCCCUCACGUACUGCGAUCUUCGGGCUAUAUCGCGUGACGACCUUGUAAAUACCAUGCGCAUGUACCCGAAUUUUCAGCAGACGUUCAACCAAGAUUUAGAGAUUACAUAUCUGUUAAGGGAACGCGAAGGAGCAGGCAGUACCAAGGAGCUGAAUUCUUCGUGCAAUUCGGAAACACUGCAGAAAUACACGGAGUCGGCGUCUUCUACGCCCGUGGUCCAGCGAACUCCCAAGGGCGUAGAUUGUCGCCAUACGGACGAUGCUGCAUCAGAUGCGGAAGACGUCGGCAAUGAGUCGUCAUGUGAAACUUGUAAAUCGCACAACGCAAGUGGAGAGAAAUUGUCGGAAUUAAAUACCAGUUGUGGAUUUUGUCGAGAUUGUAUGCGUGGAAUGGCAAUAUUGGAUUCAACCGUACAAAAGCUCUCAUCCCGACUCGAUAGGCUUGAGUCCAAGUUGUCUUCAGACGUGGAAAGUAUUUGUGAACUAAUAAGGUCACUUGAACGAUCUAUCAGAGUCGUACGGCCCUGCCCAAAUACUGAAGUCUGAUGAACAAAGGCGGAUCUCACUGAUGGCGCAUGUGGCGUGUUACUGAGUUUUGAAGGCAAGAACAGUUUUAAAAUUGUGGCGCAUACUGGAGUGGGGAACUUGCAAAUUAUUCUUCUUAUAAUUUUUGUCCACUUGAAGAUUUAUCAAUUAAAUCUCAUCGAACCAAUGGAACUUGAGCAUGCAAUCAAAUUUUAUUGUACAAAGAAUUUUAUAGAGAUAGACUGUACAAAAGCAAAUGACAUUUUCUUUUCGCAAAUACGGUAUUUAAAGAUUAUUUAUAUAUGUUUAUCUUAUGCAAGCCUGUUGGGAAAUUGGAAAGCAUCUUGGUAGCCACGGUAUUGGACUCUAAUUUAAGCUUUUUACUAUUCACCGAUACAAAUUUUACUACAAACUACGCUUUUAGUAAGUGCUGACAAAACACUAUUUUUUUUUUCAUGUUGCCCUACGGAAUAUCAAAGUUUCUGGUUGGAGCCCCAUUCAGCCAUAUUAAUAGACUAGGCUCUUUCUUUAUUUAAGUUUGGGACACUAAAGCCUCUCCCCCACCCCCCACCCCUCCUGACUAUUUUUUAAGCCCCUUCUUUUUAUCCAUCCGUCUCCCCCUUAAAAUAAUUAACUGUUUCUUAACAAUCCACUCUAUAACUAUUGGCAAGGACUUUGAUUGUUUUCACGAUGUUGCCUGCGCAUCCAAAAUGCCACAGAUUGGCGGGCCACAGCUGAUCCAAAAUGCGGACGAAAAGGAAUUCGAUUCCAUAACUCCGCAAAAGAAGCACUCUGACAGCAUUUUCUAUAGCUUUAUCUGUAAAGUCCACUUCGUACCCAUUUUUAGAUCAUCUGUGGCCCGCCAGUCUGGAAUUUUGGAUGCGCGCGCAACAUCGUGAAAACGUUCUAUUAUCUUUUAGAGUUCACCAACUAGAGGUCUAUCACAAAUCCUGCAUUCCGAUUGGCUGAGCUACUAAUGGGCUAUUAGUGAUAGACGGUGUGUAGCGAAAUGCUCGGGAAAAAAGCGGCUGCAUCGCGAUUUGCCGAAGUUAGCGACGACUUUUUAACGGACUUAGAUAGUGCUAUCCCAGAAAAAAAAAAAAGCAACCAGAUUUGGAAUGGGGUGAGAAAACAACCAAAAUAGCCGAUAAAUUCAUGUAAUAUUUUUAAGUUGUUCAACUUUCAGCGGGAAAUCCCCGAGGGAUGUGAGAGAUGUAAGUAACAUUUUUAUCGUGUUUGUUUACAAUAAGUUUACAUUUUGCUGAAUGAAAGUCAAACAGAGUUUACUUAUCCAAUAAAAGAAAGAAAUGACUGCAAGGCUAAA